AAAACCAAAAAACCAAUGAUUGUAUUAAACGAUGAAAUGCUUCUAUCUUUAUCCCCAAGUCAAUCACCCCAACCGGGAAUUGAUUCUUCGGAAGUAAAACAAAAUAAGCAUUUAAAUGGAAUAGCAGAAAUGGUUAAACAAAGGGAAAAUGAACAAAGAAAUAGUUCCACUACUUCAAAUGAAGCAGCUGCCGCUUUACUUUUAGCCUCAAAAAGGCAAAGGCAAUCAUCAUCUUAUAGUGCAAAAUCACAAAGAAAUAGAGCAAUUCGUGUUAGUUUUCUUCUUGUAAUGGGCUAUUUUAUUUGUUGGUUACCAUACAAUUGUUUAUCACUUUUACAAUUCAUAUACCCAGAAUUAUAUUCAAAACAUGCUAGUAAAGUAUAUAAUUUAAAUGGAAUUAUUGUUUUCAAUUCUGUUAUCAACCCUUAUUUGUACGGUCUUUGUGGUGGAUUAUGUCGACAAGGACGGAGAAAUUCUUAA